CCUGCUUUCCCUUUGGUGCCAUACCGCCGCGAAGGAACGUAGUAUAGUGGGCUGGGCGGGCGAGUUCAACCGGGCGCGAUCCGGGCGCUCGCGUGGACCCAAGAGCUGGGCGGGCUGGCGGCCGUCUGAUUCAACUCAGGCCGGGACGAGUCUGAGUCGAGCCAAUUUGAUAUCUAGGUUCGAUUGAACAGAUGGUCUACCCCUCAACCCCAAAACGCAGAACUGUCACUUUCUCCUAGUGUUUCGGUGCGCGGCGGCUGACUUCAUCGGCAGUGACGCUGCGGUGUUUUCCUCGGCGAACGGCGGCUGCUGCUUCUUCCUGUCCAUCGGCAAACGGUGGCAGCGGCGGCGGCUUCUUCCCCUCCCGGCAUCUCUCUUUUUCUCUUCCUCCUUCGCCGUCGUACACUGCCUCCUCCCUCUUCCCCCGUUCAUCGCAGCCCCCGUUCCCCGUUCCCUGAUCCCUCUUCUCUGUUCCCCCUUUCGUCGCGGCUCCCCCUUUCCCCGACAUCACCCUCCCCCUCCCUUCUCUUCCCUCCUCCUCCCUCUUCCCCCCCCCCCGUUCAUCGCAGCCCCCGUUCCCCGAUUUCUCCUCCUCCUUCUCCCCUUUGUCGCAGCUCCCAUCCCAUCCCAUCCCUCCUCUCUCUUCUUCAUCGCGGCCCUCCCUGCUCCAGCUCCCGGACCACAGCCCCCUAUCCUCCUCUUUCCCAACGACCUAACAACAGCGACCCACACUACCACCGACAGCAGUACUACAGCACCCUAUCCUAAUGAAACGAACAAUUGACCAAAAAUUGGGAGUCUCCCAUGGCCACCGACGGCCACCGAACCAAGCUUCUCUCAUCCUCCUCCUCCUUCUAUUAUUAAUAUUUUUUUUUAUUAAUAUAACAUCUGAAUUUUGUAUCUGUUAGUAUUUGUCAUUGGUGCUGAAUGCAACUUUGAUGUUAUUUUGUGUUUUACCUCAUUUCUAUCAAUCAUGAUAUGUAAUUCUUAAAUUAUAAUAUUCAGAGCACCUCGCUUCUUUUGGGCGCCUUUGACUACGCUGGUGGGCACCGAGGAAAUUUUUCUCUGGAGAGGCAGGAAAAGACAGGCGAGCGUCCUCAGAUUCCCUCCCACUUCAACCACGAGAUGGAUAAUCUUCUCCCAGCCACGACGUGAUUCCGGAUUGAAGUAAUCUUGUAACACAGAUGGCCAUGUUCCUCCUAUCACUGAGACAAAAGUUUUCAGCAAAUCCAUCAUUCACUCUAAAGACCUGUAGCUUCUGGGCGGUGGGAGCAUUUCAAUCCUUGGAAAGAUCUCGCUGCGCAAGUUCACCGGCCUCAGAUCAUUCUCAUAUGACCAAGUUGCCGCAGAUUAUCCCUUCUGGCAGAGAUAACUUGGAUAAUGGUUUCCGGAUCGAGGUUGUUGACACUGAUUUUGUGGGGGUUUCUUACAAGUUUUUGGAUCAAAUCGAUGGGGGCACAGAGGCUUUAUCAUCCUCAUUGAAGAUCAAUGAUGAAACUUGUUCUUGUUCUUCGGCUGCAUUAGCAGAGGAAUCCUUGGAUUUUGAUGAGAUUGAGGAUUUGAGGCUGCGUAAAAAAUUGUUCUACAAGCUCGACAAGGGUUCCAAAGAAUUCGAAGAGUAUAAUGUACAGUUCCAUCGCAAUAAAUCAGCUAAAAAGAGACAUGAAAAAACAAUAGAAGCUGAUACAAAGAAAGAAUUCAAUGAUCUAGAAAAGAAGAAGAACCAAAAGGUUAUUAAGUCAAACGUGGCUAAAGCUUCGGAACAAGGGGUGGAGAGUCCAGUAAUAAAAAAUGUGCGUUCAUGUACAAAAUCAACCAUAAUGGAGGAAAAAAGGGUGAGAAUGCCGACAAUUAACCAGCUCACUGAUCCAUACCAUCUGCCAUUCUGUCUAGAUAUCUAUGUUUCCAAAGGGUCAGUUCGUGCUUGCAUUGUUCAUAGGAUCACUAGCAAGGUGGUCGCUGUGGCACACUCAAUUUCGAAGGACAUGAAGUUUGACUUAAAGUCUAGGAAAGAUGCAACUGCUUGUGCUGCUGUGGGAGCAGUUUUGGCCCAGCGUGCGAUUGAAGAUGAUAUUCACAAUGUGGUCUACACACCAAGAAAAGGAGAAAGAAUUGAAGGGAAGAUUCAGAUUGUCCUUCAGUCAAUUAUUGAUCAUGGUAUCGAUGUGAAGGUGAAGCUGAAGCAAAAGCAGCCUAGUAAGGUAAAGACGUGUGGCUAUGCAAACGACUAGUUUUAAAUCUGAUUGCCAGGGGCUCACCAAAAUGGUGUAUCAUUUAUUUCAGUCGGAUGAUUUGGUCAUUGGAGCUUCUCUUCUUAUAAAAAUGAGUUAUCUGGAAGUUCUGCAAGUAGAAUAAUAUAAUUAGUGCCAAUUUUGUUUGUGGAAGUGUCAAGAGGCUGUUGCCAAUGUAAAUGUGUUGCAGAUUUUGCCAUUAUGGCAUGCAAUGUCAUCGUGGUUGGUACUAGCUUUAUUUGUAUGGAUGCCAUUGCAUUAUUGCCCUUUUGUGUUA